GUGUGAUCCAGGCUGGGAGGGCGAGUACUGCGAGGAGUGCGUGCGCAUGCCGGGGUGUCUUCAUGGGACAUGCCACCAGCCUUGGCAGUGCAUCUGCCACACCGGCUGGGCUGGCAAGUUCUGUGACAAAGACAUACACAUCUGCGAACACCAGUCCCCAUGCCAGAAUGGGGCUCAGUGCAUCUACGAUCGAGAUGGGGAAUACUCAUGCUUGUGUCCAGAAGGUUUCCACGGGAAGGACUGUGAGAUGAAGACAGGGCCAUGUGAGAAGGCAGGGUCUCCAUGCAAGAAUGGUGGACAAUGUCAAGAUGAAAACGGCUUUGCCAGCAACUUCUCCCAGCACCUCCCCUGCCGGUGUCUUGCUGGCUUUGUGGGGGCUCUCUGUGAGCACAACGUGGAUGACUGCCUGAUGCGCCCCUGUGCCAACGGUGCCACCUGCCAUGAUGGCAUCAACCGCUUCUCUUGCCAGUGCCAGAUCGGCUUUGAAGGGCGUUUCUGCACCAUCAACAUCAAUGACUGCGCCAGCCAGCCAUGCAAAAACGGGGCAAAGUGCUACGACCGCAUCAAUGACUAUGACUGCUUGUGUCCUGAUCGUUUCACUGGCAAAACCUGCGAGAUCUCCGUCCCUGAGCCCACCUGGUCUCCUCCCUACCACACUGCAAACCUUGAGAAUGGUGGGGGUGUGAAAAGCACCACCAGCGAGAUGCCGGGGGUGACGCAACCAGAGCCUGCCAGGACCGCGGUCACAGGGCGGCGUGUGGCCAACCACAGUGAGAAAGAGACGGGGGGAGGGUUGUUGAAAAUCUCUGUGAAGGAGGUGGUGACCCAAAGGGACUCGGGGCUGAGUGAAGCCCAGCUGGUGACAGUGCUGGUGUUUGGAGUGCUGACAGUGGUGCUGGUCCUCAUCACUGUCCUGCUAAUGCUGAGGAACUGGCAGAGGGGCCGUCAGAGGUCGAACUGGUGCCAAAGCCCUUCUCAGGCUGCAAGGAAGCUCCAAGACCAGGAGUGUCAGGUGGGCAUGCUCAACACCAUCUUGAUUGAGCCAAGGAAGACAACAGAGCUGUGAGCUGCAAGGACUCUGAACCAGGCCCUGGCAGGUUGUCAUGCUGGCAAACCCCUCGAACUGCACCCUGGGGAGCCACACUGGCACCAACUGGGCAGUGGGAAAGGGCUCCCAGGGCAGGGAACACAUCAACAAAACCCUGGGUGUUGAGCAUUGGUGUGGUGGCCCUGCCUGGGUCUGAGCUGUCUCCUGCCCGGCUGGCUCAGCUGGCACCCACAGGCACCUGAAAGCAGGGCUGUGUUGGGCCAGCCCUGCAGGGGAGGGAUGGCGUGCCGCUUGCAGCAGCCCAUUCCGUGCAUACGUGAGUGCUCAGAAACAGGACAGGUAGUGCUGAGGAGGGCACAGCCCUCUUGCAAGCCCAAAUACUGCCAGGCCCUUUGUAACUCCUCUCUGUGACUACUGGAGGGGGCUCUGCUGGUGUCAGGAUGUUUCUUCUGGGGCCUUUGGGACAGUUGCAGUUGCAUGGGGCUCCCUGCCGCAGUACUGGAUGGGGUGGUUCCGGGCUGUUUCUGGAGGCUGUCAUUUCAGAUGCCAUGUCCCUAGGGGGUGAGCAAACACCCUUGCUCCCUGACCUUGUGGUUCUGUGAGCCAGUUCAAAGAGACUC